GGGACUCAGAUAAGAAAAUGUACUGGUUGUUGAGAGGACCAACUGCAGACAGCUUGUGUGUGAAGAUAAUAGAACACCCCUCUACUGCACAACCCUGGGCUGUCAGCAGUACAUUUGUUUAGCCUGACUGAGGAGACACUGCCGUGGAAUUUUUAAGCAUUUCACAGAGCUAUGGGGGAGAAGGAGCAGUCUACAGGAGGGCCUCAUUUUGUGGGGAAAAGAGAUGAACUGAUUGCAGCGAAGCGCUCGUUCAGAACACUGGAGGGCCGGGAUAUACUCAUCGUCUACCAUCAGAGAGUCUUCUACGCUCUGGAUUCUUACUGUUACCAUGCUGGGGGAAAGCUGCAGAAUGGAGACAUUGAGGAAAUUGACAGCAAGCUGUGCAUAAUUUGUCCAAAGCACAAGUACAAGAUCUCUCUGGCCGAAGGGGAGGGUUUAUACAAGGGCACCGACCCCACGCAAAAGCCGUCUGUGCCCAGAUGGUACUCCAAGGGUGUGAAGCAGCGGGUCCACAUGGUCACCGAGACAGACGGGGAAGUCUACGUCCGGCUCUCCACGCACACGGGCUGGAUCGAGUCAGACUACUUCCAGGGAGAAAAGGGCAAGGUGGAGAGGGAAAAAGUCGAGGCUGCAGAGAAGAAGAAAUCCUGAUGAUGGAUGCAGAUGGAUGCAGAUGCCUGUCUCCUCGGACAUCCUCGGACUUCCUCCAAGUGAUUGCGUGAUGACUGAAUGGAGAGGAUGUCAGAUAUUAAAUUACCACUUCAAGUAAUCAGUUGGGUUUGCAUGGCCUUAUAACAUUGGUCUCAAUUUAAUUUAUUUAGGGAGGAUUUAGAAUUCUCAAUUGCUUUAAUUGUGGCUUUCUAUUGGUUCACAGAUAUGACAAGGUUUUCCUAUAAAGUUAGAUCAUGUGUUUCAGUGUCACAUGGACUUUUCUUUCUUAAAAUGAUCGUGUGGUUCACUAAAUAAACUUUUCUUUUUCAGGGUGA